GGUGGGGUCAGCGGGGAGGCUCGGCAGGCCGCGCGGCGGGGCCCGGGGCGGCUCGCGGAAGCAGCCCGGUCAGGGCAGCGGCGGCGACUUCGCGGCCGCGCGGCUCGGGUGAAGCCGCUGUGGGCCCCAUCUUCCGGCGGCCCGCAGAGUUUGUGGUGAUUACUGUCGCCCUCCGCCCCGGUUGCCAUCUCCUCCUCUUCCUCCUCCUCCUCCUGGGCCGGGCCGGUCCCCUCCCUGCGGCCGCCUCCUCUUGGGCUGGGCCCGCGGCGUCUAGUCCCCUCGCGGAGCCGCCGCCGCCUCCUCAUUCAUCCUCGUGCACCAUAGGCGGCACAGGCACCAAGAUGUCCAACCGAAUGGUCUGCCGGGAAGCCAGCCACGCCGGGAGCUGGUACACCGCCUCAGGACCUCAGCUGAACGCCCAGCUAGAAGGUUGGCUUUCCCAAGUACAGUCUACGAAAAGACCUGCUAGAGCCAUCAUUGCACCCCAUGCAGGAUACACGUACUGUGGGUCUUGUGCUGCCCAUGCUUACAAACAAGUGGAUCCAUCUAUUACCCGGAGAAUUUUCAUCCUCGGGCCUUCCCAUCAUGUGCCCCUGUCUCGGUGUGCGCUCUCCAGUGUGGACAUAUAUAGGACUCCUCUGUAUGACCUGCCUAUUGACCAGAAGAUUUACGGAGAGCUAUGGAAGACAGGAAUGUUUGAACGCAUGUCUCUGCAGACAGAUGAAGAUGAACACAGUAUUGAAAUGCAUUUGCCUUAUACAGCUAAAGCCAUGGAAAGCCAUAAAGAUGAGUUUACCAUUAUUCCUGUACUGGUUGGAGCUCUGAGUGAGUCAAAAGAACAGGAAUUCGGAAAACUCUUCAGUAAAUAUCUAGCGGAUCCUAGUAAUCUCUUUGUGGUUUCUUCUGAUUUCUGCCACUGGGGUCAAAGGUUCCGUUACAGUUACUAUGAUGAAUCCCAGGGGGAGAUUUAUAGAUCCAUUGAGCAUCUAGAUAAAAUGGGUAUGAGUAUUAUAGAACAAUUAGAUCCUGUAUCUUUUAGCAAUUAUUUGAAGAAAUAUCAUAAUACUAUAUGUGGAAGGCAUCCCAUCGGGGUGUUAUUAAAUGCUAUCACAGAGCUUCAGAAGAGCGGAGUGAACAUGAGCUUUUCCUUUUUGAAUUAUGCCCAGUCGAGCCAGUGUAGAAGCUGGCAAGACAGUUCAGUCAGUUACGCAGCUGGAGCCCUCACGGUCCACUGAAGCUCCGAUCCUCAGGGACGCCACCCGCACAGACUCGUACUCUGUCCAGGGUCCAGCCUAGCCUUUACCAAGAUCUUGGUUCUGGUGUGGGGGGUUCUGAACCCUCAGACUAAUAGAACUCUCUUCUUCUUUUCUAGUAGGUGUAGUCCUCCUUAAUUUCAACUCAUUUGAAAAAUGCUUUCUAGUGUGGGGCAGUGGAAGGAAGGCUGGAAUCAAAAUAUUUGCCCAAUUGGCACAGUGACUUGUAAAGCAUUUAGCAUAUCUGAAAUUUGCACUCUUUGCAGACUCAUGCACAUAUAUUCCGCUUUCAGAAUAGUUUUGCAAAUUGUACACAGACAAAGGGUGGAAGCUUUUUAAUAAAAGAAAUUGCAUUUAUAAAUGAUCUGUAUUAGAAUAUAAGAAAUCUCCAGUUACAGACAAUUACUACCCAUGUUGUACAACAGAUACCUUCUAUUUUAGUUGCUAAUAAAGGGCUACACAACUCAAAA